AAACGAAACUGAGGAAGAAAGAAUCGAACAGAAUAGAGAAGAGAAGGCAAGUUUGCAAGGCGAAAAAAAGAGAAAAAUAACUGAAGAAAAAGGUCGUUGCUUUUUACUUCAGUGCGAAGAUGAACGGAGGUCCAUCUGGUUUCACAAAUGCUCCUGUCACAAGGGCUUUUAUCAUCGCUUCGGCGCUCUUCACAAUCUUCUUCGGGAUCCAAGGCCGUUUCAACACUCUGGGGUUGUCUUAUCAGGAUAUUUUUGGAAAGUUUCGCCUUUGGAAGUUGAUCAUGUCCACACUUUCCUUCUCAUCAACACCGGAGUUGAUGUUUGGACUGUAUUUGCUGUAUUAUUUCAGGGUCUUUGAGAGACAAAUAGGUUCCAAUAAAUACUCGGUCUUUAUCCUGUUCUCCAUAUUAACUUCACUACUGUUAGAGGUCCUUACAAUAGCUCUUUUAAAAGAUCCUUCAGCAAACCUUGUCACUCCUGGACCUUAUGGCCUUAUAUUUGCUUCAUUUGUUCCCUUUUUCUUUGACAUUCCUGUUUCAACUCGGUUUCGUGUAUUCAGUUUCCUCUUCUCAGACAAGUCAUUCAUAUAUCUAGCUGGUCUUCAGCUCCUUUUGUCAUCAUGGAGAAGGUCCAUCUUACCAGGAAUGUGUGGCAUCCUUGCUGGUUCCUUGUACCGUUUGAAUGUCUUUUGCAUCCGCAAAGCAAAGUUCCCAGAGUUCAUCUCAUCAUUCUUUUCACGAAUCUCAUUGCCAUCUAUGGGGAGUCCACGUACAUCAUCAACAAGGAAUGUUGUUGGGAAUAUACCUUCCUAUCCAGCUCGCCAAGUGGAGAGAAACUAUCCUGCUCCAAUGCAAUCUGCAGUAGAGCCAUCGGAGGACUCUAUCACUACCCUUGUUUCUAUGGGCUUUGACAGGAAUUCUGCCAGACAAGCCCUAGUGCAGGCCAGAAAUGAUGUCAAUAUAGCCACAAACAUCCUACUGGAGGCACAGUCUCACUAAUUCCAUAAACGUGGCCCAUAAAUGAUUAAAACCAGACCGUUCUGACUUGAUAGAUGGAAAGCCCAUUCAUGAAGCAUAGGAAAUUCACUAAUUAUGAUUUGGGGAUGUUUGUGAACUUCAGGCAUUCAUAGUAUCAUCCUCAAGGAUUCCUCCUUUCCUGGGAUCAUUUUUUCCACCGUAACGUGAAUCUUUAGAUAUCCAUUUUCAGUACUGGCAUUGAUAGAUGAAUGAGAACUAGGAGCCUGUACAAAAUUUCUUGCAACUUUUGGAAAGCUUGCACAUUUAUGAAAUGUGAAUCAGAUAUCUGUAGUGGCAGGUUCUUCUAUGCAGUUUAUUUAUGAAGCACAUGGAGCCCAAUUCCAUACUGGUCUGUGAAAGCUGUUGAGACUAUGUCACUUUGAUGAGGACUGCUUACUGUCUAUAAUGAACUUUAUUAUACAAUCAUCCCCUCCCCUCUCACACACACUCAUGUUGCACAUUGUGGAGGUGCUCUUUAAACUUUCCAUCUCUUGCGGUUAAUAUGGUGUCGUAAAAAAUAUUGGGAUGAGAAAUUAUCAAGCUUUAUGUGGGAAAACUAUCCCGAAAUUUCUGACCUCAAACUAUGAACUUAGUUUAUUAAUGUUUAAAACCCUCUAAACAAAUAAAACUUGACUUGAAUUAUACAAUAUGUUUUAACGUAAUUCAUUGACAAGGUAUGGUUAUACUGUGCAGAGUACUAUUGUAUUAUGUUUUUAUUUGAUUGGUGCAUUCCCACGCACAAAAUUCUCGGGUGAGGGUUCCACGAUGCCUCGCUCCGCUUGCUGUAUGGUUCAAGUACUACUCAAUUAGAAGCAAAUUAUUUUGACUUCAAGUACUUCCACUGCAACUUACAGAGAGAAAUUGAUAACGUUUGAUGAUACGUUCUGCAAUUAAGUGUGACCUUAGAGCAAUCAAGUUCUUAUCCAAUUGCCGACAGGCAAAAGAUAAUUAAAUAUAUAUAUAUAUAUGAUCAGAAGAGGGCAUAGUAAUCCUGGGAAUGAAAUACAUUCGCAUUAUAACAUCAUUGUGGAUGCAUUUUAUGUACCCUUGGGUCGAUUUCAACUUUUAGCCAACUUCUUCAAAC